GCACGCCACACCUUUUCUGAGCUAUAAAUCUGACCAUUUCCUUGCUUUUUCUUCACACCCACUUCCCCAUUUCCUUCAUCACCAUAAUGGGGGAAGCUGCUGCCUCCUUAGAUCCUGAGAAGCAGAGGCUUCUCAUCCAACACCAUGAGGAGAAGCACUUCAUGUCCAGCGAAGUCGUCCGCGACAUUAUCAUCGGCGUCUCCGAUGGCCUCACCGUGCCCUUUGCCCUCGCAGCGGGGCUGUCCGGUGCCAAUGUUACCUCCAGCAUCAUCCUCAUUGCCGGCAUUGCUGAAGUUGCUGCCGGAGCCAUCUCCAUGGGACUCGGCGGAUACCUUGCAGCUAAAAGUGAGGCUGAUCAUUACAUGAGAGAACUGAAGAGGGAACAAGAUGAGGUGAUUGAGGUUCCUGACACAGAGGCAGCUGAAGUAGCAGAUAUCUUGGCACAGUAUGGGGUUGAAGCCCAUGAAUAUGAGCCAGUGGUUGCAGCUCUUAGAAGGAACCCUGAAGCAUGGGUUGAUUUCAUGAUGAAAUUUGAACUGGGUUUGGAAAAGCCAGACCCAAAGAGGGCUGUAAUUAGCGCAAUGACAAUAGCGGCGUCGUACAUAAUAGGAGGGUUGGUGCCGUUGUCGCCAUACAUGGUGUUCGAGGCAGCUGAAGAUGGUGUGGUUGCCUCUGUGAUAGUAACCAUAAUAGCACUGCUAGUGUUCGGGUUUGCAAAGGGGCAUUUCACUGGCAAUCGUCCCAUAAUGAGUGCCUUACAAACAGCGUUUAUUGGAGCCAUUGCAUCCGCCGCUGCUUUCCUUAUUGCAAAGGCGUUUCGUGUCUAGUUGUUAAGCCUAUUAUUCCUAAUAAAACUUGGCUGUGGCUGUGUAAAUGCUCUCUAUUGUUCAUAAAACAAGCCAAUCAAUUGAUUUCAAAAUUUAAAAUA